AUGCAGAAGGUGUUGCCUGAUGGAGCCACCAUAGCUCCAAUUAUUCUAGCAUCUGACAAAACAUUGUUAUCCCAAUUCCAAGGAGAUAAGUCAGUGUGGCCGGUGUAUAUGUCUAUUGGUGUGGACAUGGUGUGUGCAGACUCAUGGAUUUGGUGUGUCUAUCUGAUACUGGUGGCAUACGUGGCCGACUUUCCCGAACAGUGUCUUGUUUCUUGCUGUGAGGAGAACCAUUGUCCAAAGUGCAUUGUGGGAGCUAAUAAGCAAGGGUAUGUACUGGACUCAGUGAUGCGUGAUCCUGAGCCCAUGAAAGAUAUCUUGCAAAGGCGCAAGAAUGGUCAGCAUCCACCAGAAUUAGAGGAGAAUGGGCUAACAUAG